GACUGCCAGAGUGCUUCUUAGGGCUUCGCGGUGUUACUGUUUGGUUUGGCAGCACAGAGCAAAACAGGCGAACUGAGCGUGGAGAUGCCGCAGUUAGGUGUGCUGUUGCUUUGCCUGCUGGCCGUCUCCACGGCGCGCCGGUGUCCUGAUGGUGGAAGGUGUGAUGAUGAUGCCACUUGUUGUGCGAGCCCAUCUGGAAAAUAUGGUUGCUGCCCGCUCCCAAAUGCUGUUUGCUGUGAAGACCACAUGCACUGCUGUUUUGAGGGUACGAUCUGCGAUCUGCAGCAUUUAAAAUGUAUUAAUAAAACCAUCUCCCUGCCUUGGCUAAAGAAGCAGCCAGCCGUGUCCGAAUUUCCUCAGGAAGUAAACUCCUUCCCAAUGGUAGAAACGGGGACUGCCAAUAAUGUGAUUCAGAUUGUGUGUCCUGACAAAACUUCGUGCCCCUUGGAAUACUCUUGUGCUGCCACCAACAAGGGCACCUAUGGAUGCUGCCCACUUCCUCAGGGCGUCUCCUGUGGCGAUGGGCAGCAUUGCUGCCCCAGUGGCUACACGUGUAGCAAGGAUGGAAGUUCUUGUAUGCAGCAUGGAGAAAGCUCAAUGUUUGGGGCCAUUGUUUGUCCUGACAGUGAGGUUGAAUGCCCUGAUGAUGCAACUUGCUGUAAACUGCCUGAUGACUCCUGGGGUUGCUGUCCAAUGGUUGAGGCUGUGUGCUGUGAGGACAAGCUACACUGUUGUCCAUCUGGCUCCAAGUGUGAUGUUGCUCACUCAAAAUGUUUGACGGCUGAUGGAAAGUAUACUCCCAUGUGGAGCAAGUUUGCUGCUAGGCCGAGAGCCUCCUGGGAAAACGAGGAAGAUCAAGAUGAUUUGAAGAACACUAACCGUGAUAAAGUUCAUCUUGUUGAAGAUGUGAUUUGCCCUGAUGGGAAAUCCAAAUGCCCAAGUGAAACCACCUGCUGCUUGCUUCUCAAUGGCACCUAUGGCUGCUGCCCAAUGCCUAACGCCGUGUGCUGUCUGGACCACAUACACUGCUGUCCUGCAGACACUAAAUGUGAUCUGGCACACACUACGUGUGUUUCUGCUAACGGGGAGACACCACUAAGGAAGAAGAUUCCAGCACUAACAAGGGGAGAUGAGGACAAAGGUGAAAUUCUACUAUCCAGUCCUUGGAAUGUGUGUUGCUGCCAUUCCCUGACAGUAACAAGUGUUUGGUGUUCUUUUUGUGCAGUUUUUAAUGUCCCAUGUGAUGAUGUGACUGCCUGUCCCGACAGUACCACCUGCUGCAAAAACCAAAAAGGACAAUGGGCCUGUUGUCCUCUACCAAAGGCUGUAUGCUGCGACGACCACUUGCAUUGCUGUCCUGAAGGAACCACUUGUGACCCGACCACUUCACAAUGCAAUUCAAAAGCCGUUUAUGUUCCCUGGUUGAAGAAACUGCCAGCUAAGAAUAUUGCUGUGAAUGAAGUCAAAUGCGACGACACAAAGAGCUGUCCAGAUGGCAACACCUGCUGCAAAAAGAGCACUGGAGCCUGGGGCUGCUGUCCAUUGCCUGAUGCUGUCUGCUGUGACGACCACGAGCACUGCUGUCCUGAAGGAUAUACCUGUGACACAGCAACCGGUAUGUGUCUGUCUUCAAAUAGUAAUGUGCAAAUAAAGCUCCUAGCACCAACAUUAAGUGAGACCGCUAAAGUUCGUAAUGUGCCAUGUGAUGACACAGCUGCCUGUCCAGACAACACGACCUGCUGCAAGACUGCUAACGGAAGCUGGGCCUGCUGCCCAUUGCCUAAGGCCGUAUGCUGCAGUGACCAUGAGCACUGCUGUCCGGAGGGCACCAUCUGUGAUGUUACCACUCUGACAUGCAACCCGCCGGAGUUGAAGAUGGAACAGGUUUCUGAUGACGCUGCAUUCAGCACUUCUGUGGGGCCCUGUAACUGCUCAGUGGGAAUGACUUGCUGCUGGAUGAAGAAGGUCUGGAGCUGCUGCCCGCUGCUAGGGGCAGUCUGUUGUUCUGAUGGGAAGCACUGCUGUCCCUCCGGUUACGUGUGUGACAUGACUCAUAAUGCGUGCAAGAAGAGGGAGAUAGUUGUGCCAUGGCUGGAAAAGCUGCCCGCUAAGAGCGAGAAUCCCAACAAUGUAGCCAGUUCCCUGGAUAUCAGAUGUGAUGAUGAAACAAGCUGUGCGGCUGGCAGCACUUGCUGUCGGCUUCCUACUGGGAAAUGGGGCUGCUGCCCGCUGGUGAAGGCAGUUUGCUGUUCAGAUGGCCAGCAUUGUUGCCCACAGGGAUACCACUGCAACAUUCAGGUGGGCACUUGUGAGAAAGAAAGCAACGUGGCACCCCUGGUCACUCAGAAGGUUCCCAUUACCCAGACCCCCAAGCAAGAUGUGAAAUGCGAUGCAAGACAUUACUGCCCAGAAGGACAGAAGUGCUGCAUGAGCAAAACUUCCAAUGAAACCUGGGAGUGCUGCCCUUAUGCCAAGGGUGUUUGCUGUGAUUCUCAAUUCUGUUGCCCUGAAGGAUACAUGUGUUUCAAUUUACUUCGAGUGUGCGUCAAGUUUCAUGACAAGAAAUGGGACGUCCUGCCCGGCCACAAAAAGAGGCUGACCACUUGGGUUUAGUUCAUCUUUUUACUUUUCCACCUUCCUCUUAAGAUCAGUGUGUGUGUGUGUGUGUGUGUGUGUGUGUGUGUGUGUUUUUAUGCAUUACCUACUGGGCAAUCCCCUUUUUAGGUGGUACAACUGCUGUGUGCCUCUGCUAUGUUGGAAGCAGCCAGGGUGGCUCGAAAUGCAAGCGCAAAACGAUGGCUUUACAUCCUAAACCAAACUUGGCACUUAUCCUUACCCUUUUACAAAACUAAGUCCAUCUUAACAUUCCCCCGAGUUUAUAUAAUUAAAUGUUGUCAAAUUUGAUAUUGAACACGUCCCACCACCAGCCCCAUCCGAUUCAUUAACUUAUGCAGCACUGCUCUCUGCCCUCCUUUUAUCUCCUUAUCUUAACUACAUUAAACACGGAAGCGGCAUAUUUUUAUAACGUAGCACAUUGAUGGCUGCCAUUGACACUCCAGUAAUGUUUCAGUGUGACCUUGGGUUUUUUAUUUUUGUAAUAGGAGUGAUGUCUCCUCAUAAGGUUUGAGCAGCGGUUAGUCCUUCAGUGCUGUUGAACAAUGCACUUUUUCCUUCUAUACAAAGCGAUGUCAAUUUUGGUAAGAUCCAGGAGAGGUUUUAACCGCCCUGAAGUGCUGAUCCUCGGAGUUUUGUCAUUUUUUUGCACAGUCCACAAGGCACCUGUUCUUGGGGGGUUUUAACUCUCUUUCUCCUUCCAUGCGGGUACAAAUUGCACUAUUACAUCCCUCGUGACUUGUCAUUUUUGGGAAUUUCAUUUUGCCCCCUUUGAUUGAAUCGGUGGUGAUGAGGGAGACUUUUCUGUGAAUCAUAUGUAGCCCUGCUAAGCUUGUUUUGCUUAAAGUGACUGGGAUGUGUGGGCAGUGGUUUGCCACAUAACUCCUCUAUCUUCACUCUCAUUUAAUAUUUCAAUAAAAAUGGGAUGUCUGCAUGUGGUUUUUUUUUUUUUUCACUCCAUUUCAUUCUGUCUGUUCAGCAGUAUUCAGCAAAUCUGUUGAACCCUUGACCUGACUGACAAUUGCAAACGUGUCUGCUUGUUCUGACUGGGAAUCGCACCGCUGAGAUUCAUUUUACUGGCCCAGGGACCACAAAAGAGGCCCUCGCGUAGGCAGAGCUAGACCUCUGCAGGCCAUGCCACUAAUCAAACCUCUGCUUUUUGUAGGACUGAGUUGAAAAAUCAUCAAUACUUGUGACCCUCUGAGAACAAUUUCAAAUAAAAAUGAUUUUUUUUUUUCUAUUA